AUGAAAGCCGUGUUCCCCGGUGUGGGCAGCACAGUUGCUGCUGCUUUAGAUCUCAGUGAGGGAGUGCUGGUCUUGAGCCACUAUAAUUACGCCGAUUGUUGUGUGGAUGACAUUGUUUCCACGAAUGCGACGAUGGAGAAUCGUGAAUCGCUCGGUGUCCUACCUCCUCCGAAUGACUUCCAAGACGUAUCCAAUGCCUCGCAACCACGGAAGCGGAAAUCCUAUCGUCGGAAAACAUCGUCAAAUUCUCUGCGGCGUUCAUUGAAGAAUAUCGAUAUUGAUUUAACUGCCAUGAUCGUUCCCGCGCACGAAGGUGAAGAUGACCGUAUCGAGCAAGAGAUUCGCCGUGAUUUACCGGAUAUUAUUCGUAAACAUCUGCCAGCGGAAAUGAAAGGCAGUGCUGAAGAAAUUGCGACGAAGUUGUCAUCACAAGGGCUAUGCUGUGGUCUGCACCAACUUUAUUUGGCUGACGUUGAUGAUCCGAACGAGGCUAUGGAGGACUUUUUACAGUCGUGGAAGAACGUCGAUAGUGUUAAGCGGGAAGUAAAAGAAUGGAAUGACCUGGUUUCACUCACAAACCGCGCCGCCUUGGAAAAAACAGGGUUGAACGGCAUUCUUGGAAGUAAAAUUACCUGCAUCGAUCGAGCUGCGAAGGCCAGCAUUGAGAAAGCUGUUCAAGAACGAGUUGACGACUCAAACCUCAUUCAGGGCUUGCGUGAAAAUAUGAAGCUCAGGUUGGAAAUAUUUCGGUCCACUGCAGUGUCUUCGGCAAGGAUCGCAGCGGUUAAGCAAAAGGCGAUGCACUCAGAACGGCUGCUUCAGUGCAGCCUGUAAAAUCAUACGUCAUGAUGUCUUAUUUUUCUAUGUUUGGUACGAGUCAGAGGUCAUCAUGCGUGUGAAAUGGAUUUUCGUAAUGAACCUGCAACCACAGCACGAAGUGCAAGCGGUGUUCUGACCCGAACAGUGUCCUUCCCUAAAUUUAAGGACACUUCGGCGCGUAUCAAUGAUGUGCUCCUACUCUUUUCACCGUAUUUACUCAAAUUCGUGACCUCUAAAUUAUGAGGCGCAACCUCUCACUUUUAGAGAAGGUACAAUUUUUCCUUGAAAAUUUCCGGUAUCCGAACUCUUGUUUUCUUCUUGAAAAUCAAAGAAGCUUUUUAUUCUGAGCGCUCUGCAUUCAAAUUGUAAAUGUGUCGGAAAUUUGUGUGAUUACGGUGAUGUAAAAUGCAGAGAAUGACCUCGA